ACAAUGAAACACGUCUUACUUUUGGCUGUUGCUGCCGGCUUCCUGCCUGUUUUAAUGACAAGAGCAAAACCAGCUAAAGUUCCGUAUGACACACUCCGUACAGAAUUGGCAACGGUCCAGAAAGAAAUCGUGACUGUACACAACAGCCUCAGGAGAGGAGUCUUCCCACCAGCCAGCAACAUGCUGAAAAUGAACUGGAGUGAAGAAGCUGCACAAAAUGCCAGAACGUUGUCAAAGGACUGUGAGCUGGUGGAGAGCAAUGCACUGAAGAGGCGAAUUACAAAUACGUUUUGUGGAGAAAAUAUGCAUUUGGCAUCUUAUCCUAUCUCAUGGUCAAACGUAAUCAGAACCUGGUACAGUGAGUCUAAAUACUUCAAGUAUGGGGCGUGGAUGUCAAUGGAUGAUGACACAGUAAUUGAGCAUUACACUCAGAUUGUUUGGGCCACGUCUUACCUCGUUGGCUGUGGCCUCUCACCGUGUCGUAAGAGGGGGUCAACUCAGUAUCUCUACGUCUGUCAUUACUGUCACGAGGGAAAUGAUCCUGACAAAAAGAACGUACCUUAUAAUAAGGGAACUCCAUGUGGAGACUGUCCAAAUAACUGUGAAGAUAAACUCUGUACUAACCCCUGCCUCUACUACGAUGAAUACAUUAACUGUAAGAUACAAACACAAGGUCUUGGAUGCAGCCACCUGUCAGUUCAACUACUCUGCAAAGCAAGCUGUCUGUGUCACACUGAGAUAAAAUAGCCUUUGCUAUUUGCAACCGGAAUGUGCUGCUGGGGACAUGCUGGAUCAUAUCUUUUACCCAACUUCACUUCAGCAGCUUCUGCUGAGUUUCAUUUGGUCUUGAUUAUACUUGAGAUCCUAGUGUUCACCGAUCACAUAUGGACAUCAGUAGGUUUACAUCAAUGCCCCUCACUCCUGUCCUGACACAUCCUGAAGUAACACUGUUUUUGACUUUCUUACUGCUGGGGUGAAAUAUGAUUAAUGAAAUAUGAUUGAAAUAGGAAAUAUGGGAUAAAAUAUGAUUUAAAUAUGUGGCAGUUCAACACCUGCCUCAUUUCUGAAUCAUGGGGUUCCUAGUUCCCAGGCUGACAUGAUUCAGCUGAUUGAACAACUGGGUUCCCGGCAAUCACCUGCGUUAGGGAGAGGGUCUUUCCCGGUUUAAUGCCUUUCCCUGCUUUCCCAUGUCUCCAACUGCCCUGAUGUCUGUCUUCCCUGCACAAUUUACAUGCACUAGAAUCCUUCACUUCUUCACUUCACUUCUAUCUUAAAUGAACCAAUAAAACAAUCCA